AUGUUGUCUCGUGCUUCCGCCCGUGCUUACAGCACCGCCCCUGUGAAAUUGGUGUCCAGAGACGCCCCAGGUAACUUGACCACUUUGCUGGUGAAGGUCAACAACGCUGGUUCCAAGGCUGGCAAGAUUGGUGUGGCCCACCUCUUGUCUAAGUACGCUUUCCUUAACAACGAGGUUAAGUCUGCUUUGCGUUUCACCAGAGAGUCUGAGCUUUUGGGUGGUAGCUUCUCUUCUUACGUCACCAGAGACGCCAUUGUGUUGAACACCCAGUUCUUGAAGCAGGACUUGCCAUACUAUGUUGAUGCUUUGGCCAACACCUUGCACAAGCCUCUCUUCAGACCUCACGAGCUUGUGGAGACCGUCAUUCCAGUUGCCGAGGCUGAGGCUGGCGUUGCUCACGGUUCCACCGAGUUUGUCGCUUUGGAGCACUUGCACGAGUUGACCUUCAGAAAGGGUUUGGGUAACCCCUUGUACUACGAUGCUGCCUCUACUGUGUCCUUGGACGAUGUCAAGAACUUCGCUUCUGAGGCCUACACUCAGGGUAACGUCUCCCUUUACGCCUCUGGCGCUAACGAAUCCGACUUGGCUAACUUCGUUGCUGAGUCUGCUUUCUCUGUCUUGCCUCCAGGCACUAUCAAGUCUGCUCCUGUCAAGACCUUCACUGGUAAGGAGGCCAGAUUCAGAAAGGGUGGUGAGUCUUCUGCCCUCAUUGGUGUUCCAGUUGCCAAGAAGGACUUUGCUAAGUACGAGGUCUUGUCUGCUGCUGCCGGUACCUCUGUGUUGAAGGGUGCUGCUUCUCCAUUGUCUAAGAUCCCAGGUGCCGACUCCAGAUUGUACAAAUACGAGGACGCUGGUUUGUUUGUCGUUGCCGUCACUGGCCAGGACGCCACCAAGGUCGCUGAGGGUAUCAAGGCCGCCAAGAAGGCCGUUGAGGGCUUGAACGCCUCUGCCUUGUCCACUGCCACCAAGGCUGCUGAAUUGUCUGUUGCCUUGCAAGACUCCUUCGAAUAUCCUCACAACAUCCAGAUAACCGCUGACAGCGCCAAGGGCGCCAAGUUGGGCGCUUUCAACUACGUUGCUGUUGGUAACACCGAUGUGUUGCCAUACGCCGAUGAGUUGUAA